ACCAAGCCCGCACGAAGAAGCGAACGUCGAGGCCACGGAAUGGAGCAAGAGGCACGCGGGUUCCCGUCCGUGCCGCCUCGGGGUCCCGACUCCCCGUGUACCCCCGGGCCUGGGGUCGCCUCGGGGCAGGUCCCUCUUCGACCCUUCGCCGCGGCCUCCACGCUUCUCCGGGCGCCUAUCACCGCUCUGGAGUUUGCGGGCCGGUAUUUGCUUAUCGGCGAGGGCCCCUGGCUCCUCGUGUGCGACCCGCGUCGCCCGGGGCCCCUGCUCCGCUUGCUGCUGUUGGGGUCGCACCGGGUGCACGGCCUCCGCGUCCGGGAGGCGCGUCCAGGCGAGGCCGGGGACUUGGUCGCGGCCUUCGGUGGGAAGGGAUUCGCCGUGGCGAGGCUGUGGGCGGGGCUUGUUGAUAAGGGGGCGGGGCCUGGUGAUAAAGAGGCGGGGCCUGGUGAUAAAGAGGCGGGGCCUGGUGAUAAAGAGGCGGGGCCUGGUGAUAAAGAGGCGGGGCUUGUUAAUAAAGAGGCGGGGCCUGGUGAUAAAGAGGCGGGGCCUGGUGAUAAAGAGGCGGGGCCUGGUGAUAAAGAGGCGGGGCCUGGUGAUAAAGAGGCGGGGCCUGGUGAUAAAGAGGCGGGGCCUGGUGAUAAAGAGGCGGGGCCUGGCGAUAAAGAGGCGGGGCCUGGUGAUAAAGAGGCGGGGCCUGGUGAUAAAGAGGCGGGGUCUGGUGAUAAGGAGGCGGGGCGUGAGGGAGCCGCCUGCAGCCAUUGGUCGGAGCGCGAGAGCGGGGCGAGGCAAGCGGCGGACUGCUGCCCACGUGCUCCGUUCAUUGAGAAACUUUCGGAACCUCGUGUGGAGCGCGACUGGAUCUGGGACUCGAGAUUUGUACAAGAUUCCGGAUGCAGCAACGAAGAUCUGCUGGCGGUCGCACUGGCCCACAAUGCUGUGCGGCUGUGGGAGUGGCGGCGUGGCGUGGUGAGGCGCGAGGCGCGGUGCGCCGACACGCGGGUGCUCUACUCGGCUCGGCUCGUCGGCUCCACUUGGGACUCGCUCUGCUGCCUGGCGGGGACCGUGGGAAACCACGUGGUGCUGUGGAAACCGGCACAGGCCGGGCCGGAUGGCCAUGCGCCAGUGCUCCGCCGGCUGGCCGGCCACUCGGGCGUCAUCUUCUCGAUCGACUACGACGAGCGGUCGGGUGUUCUCGCGUCGGCAUCCGAUGACCGCAGCGUGCGGGUGUGGCGACUCGGCGACUCCACGGUCGACCCGCCUGAUCCCACGUUCGACGCUGCCCACCCUCCCGAGCAAACGGAUAAUUUUACCGCAAGGUCGGUCCAUGUCCGAGCCGCGUCGGGCGAUGGCGGCGGCGGCAACGGCUCUGAGCGGAGUGAUGAAGGUACGGGUUACCGUGGCGGCACAAGCCCCGGCAGUGGCGCAAGCGGCUGCGCGGGCCAACGACUUCCACCGGACAUGCCGGCCGAGCGGGUGCUGUUCGGGCACCAGGCGCGCGUGUUCGUGGUGCGAGUGCUCCCCGGGACCGGAGGCCGCGUGGCGGCGAGCGCCGGCGAGGACGGCGCCGUGCUGACGUGGGACCUGGCGGACGGGCGUGUGCUGGGCUCGGCGCGGGGCCACCCGGGCGGCCGUGGCGUGCGAGCCCUCGCCGUGCACGCCGACACCGGCGUUGUGGCAACGGGCGGCGCCGAUUCCGCCGUGCGGCUCUGGCAGCUGGGCUUGAAGGGCAGUGCCACGGGGGAAGACGAAGGCAAGAUGGCUGCUGAGGAGCUGGGCCUGCACGCAGCGGGAACCCCCAAGAUCCUGGCCCUGCCGACGCUGCGGGACCUCAUCGUGAUGACGGACGCAGGAGAGGUCCUGUGGCACGACCUGGAGGGUGGCACAACCCGCACCAUGCUCUGCCUCCCGGAGUUCCGCUCCUACUCCCUCAUGGCCGUCACCCAGGGGACCGCUGCCGAGGAAACAAUGAUCGCCCUCGGCAACCUAGACGGGAAGGUCCGGGUGUUUCCCCUCGUCCGUCCGGGCACGUCUUGGGAAAGCCAGCCGUACGAGGGCAAAGUUCACAACCUGACCUGGGCCGACGCACAGACAGACGGUGGAGGUGCGGUAGCGAUGGCGUUCGCGACGGGUCAGAGGCCGCGGUCCCUGUUCUCGUCCGGACCGGACGGCCUCCUCAUCUGGUGGGAGGUCACGAUCCCGGCAGGCGAUGGCAGUGCGAGCGGCCCGGGGCUCACCGUGCGGGAGAAGGCCCGCUUCCGGCUGCCGAUGUGCCGCCAACGCUGGCACACGUGCGCCUCUUUUGUGCCGGGUUCGGCUCCGCCCAGUGUCGUCUGCGGCGACCGCCGCGGCUCCCUGCUGUUGUUUGUGUCUUCCCGUAACGCCGAGCCUGCCAGAUGGGAUGGGAAGUCAGUAGGUGGCACUGCUGGUGAAGGCUGCAGUGGCGAUGACGAUGGUGACGAGGGUGAUGAGGGUGAUGGAGGUGAUAACACAGGUGCUGCACUGCCACCUUCUGCUGCUGAACCAGGUAGCGCCCGACCCUUGUGCGCCAGCGAAGAGUGCAACAGCGACGGAGGCAUCGGCAGGAGCGACGGCAGCGACGGCUGCAGCAGCGAAGAGGAUAAAAGUGCCGGCAGCGACGAUGGCAUCCCAGGCCCCGCAUCGUCGCUGUUCGGCCUGCACGGCCGGCAUGGCGUGACGUCCUUGGUCGUGCGCGCGCGUAUGGACAGUGGUGACGAGGGUGGCGGCGGCACCACGGUGGUCUACUCGACGGGUCGCGACGGCGUUUACCGCACCACGGCCGUAGCAGCGAGGUCCGGUCGUGGCCUCCACCUCGUUGCGUUGUCCGCGCAUCGCCCGGCCCAGCGCGCUGACUGGCUCGAACGCCUGCUGCUGAUCGACGACACCACGCUGUCCACGGCAGACGUGAACGUCGACUCCAACGCCCGGGAGCCGCGGGUCGUGGUGCUGGGGUUCCGGUCGAGGAACUUCGUUGCGAUCUGCGAGCGCACGGGUCGUCUGCUGGCCAGUGUGCCAUGCGGGGGCGGCCACCGCUCUUGGGCCUACCAGCAGGACUCUCGCGGCCCCCAGCUCGGCCCCAGGGUCCUCGCCUACAUCAAAGCUGGACGGGUGUGUUUAUGCCGUAGCGGCCGGAGGUCACGCGACCACUUCCAGCCAGUGCUACGCGAGGGCCUGCAUGGGCGAGAGGUGACGUGUGUGCGUUACCUUGGUGACGGGCUCAUCGUCACGGCCAGCGAGGACACAACCGUGCGUGUCUCUCGUCUCCCUGUUCCCCGCGAUCCCCGUGAUCCUCGCGACCCUCGCGACCCCGACCUUGUGACCCUCCUCACCCUUCGGGAACACGUGUCGAGCGUCAAGGCGCUAGCUAUCGCCGACUGCGCCGCUUUGCUGGGCACCUCCUCGGACGGCCGCUCGGUAACUACGCCGCCGGUGGCAGGGGCGGCAGGCGUGAGGGGCGGGCCGAGGACCCCACCGUUGGCGCAGCCGAAACCGGACGUGGCGGAGCAGCGGAGCCGCGGGUUUUCACGGUUGCUGUUCUCGGCUGGCGGCCGAGCCGAGCUGCGCUGCUGCCGCAUCACAGUGGUGCCGGGCGACACGGCGUGCCACGUGGAGAGCCUUGCCGCGCACCGGCUAGACGCGCAGUGGGAGCGACGGAGAGACCGGCACCGGUUCGUCAAGACUGACCCCGAGACUCGGUACAUGUGCGUGUGUGUGGUGGGGCCCAGCGUUGGAACGCACGGGGUUCACCUGCUGGCUGCCGCCUGCAGUGACGCAUAUGUCAGGCUGUUUGCGUUUGAGGAGCGAGCGAGGAGUCUUGAGCUGCUGGCCGAAUCGGACGCCCUCCAGCGCUGCGUGCUCUGCGUCGACUCCGUGGACCUGGGAUCCAACCUUGACGGCCAGAGGUGCGUUCUACUUGCGAGCGGUGCCACCGAUGGCACUGUUGCAUUCUGGGACGUCGGCCGCUUCGUGGGCGGGCGGCCCAGCUCGAGCGCCGAGCCGGGAGGGACGAGCCAGCCGGCUGACCUGGGCAUGCCGUGCGGAGCAUUGCGCGUCCACCAGUCGGGGGUGAGCUGCGUGCGGGUCCAACUGGUGGAUAACGACCAUGGGGACGGGCGACACCACCGCCUCCUCGUUGUCAGCGGCGGUGACGACGGCGCUAUCUCCAUGGUGAUCGUCUCUGUGGAAACGCCCGGUGGCCAGGCCCCACCAGUCCUGUGCUCGCUCGCGUCGGUUAGCAUCGACCAUGCCCACGCUGCGCAGGUCACGGCCGUUGCCGUGCUCCCCAUCUCCGUGGCAACACCACCUCGUCCGGACGCCAUCGCCGAGGCAACCGUCGCCGCCGUGUCCGCCGAUCAGCGCCUGUCUCUGUGGCGACUGGUCGCUGCGGCGACCGGAGAUGGAACGGCCGAGCCGCUCGUGAGCUGCCUGAGUCACGUAGCCGACUUGGCUGCGUUCGAUUGGCGGAGGGGCCGGCGGGAGGGGGAGCUGGAGUUCGUGGUGGCGGGCGUGGGCGUGGAGGUGAUUGACGUGAGGCCCACGCAGCCACCCCCUGAAGGAGCAUGGCUCGACCGGCAGGAGGCAGCCUUAAGCCAGUAGCUGAAGCCACGUGGCAUCGCUGUCUUAACAGUGCGGGGGGGAGGGGGGGGGUAGCCUCCACUUCACCCCACUGGAGCGUCAACGAUCAAACGAUCAUGGUUGACGCUCCAGUGAACUUCACUUGUUGAUUCGUCUACACGUGAUGAGGACUACCAGACUGUAUUACCUCAUCCACCACACUGCAGGUCACAACGCUUUUCUCUCUACUUUUUCCCUCGCACUGCUCUUUGCAAUUAUCUCCCACGGUUGUAUUUCCCCAAAGUCGUACAACCUUUCUCAAUUCAACAAUAUAGUAACUCUCCUCCAAUACUGGCCAACAGAGUGGAACAGCACGGGUGUCCAGAAUAAACGACUCAUUCAAGACCCAAACAUCGCACCUCCUGGCUUUGAGAUUCCUCCUCAAAGACGCUGGUGUCAUCAUCAACCGCAUCAUCAGAACAUCAACAGGCCGAUGUGAAUGUCUCCUUCAUGUAUGGCAAAUUGAAGACAAGACAUUCUCGUGCAAUUGUAAGUCUAAGCAUUUCUUAUCGCGCGCUACGAUGUCUAAACGGUCAGCACAUGACGGACGGCACGUAGCUGACAAAGUUAAUAGAAGUCCCGUCUGGUUGGCAAGAAUGCCGAGACACGUUGCCUUAUCUGACGCUAGAAUGUCACAGCGGUUUAUGCCGAUGGACUCACAAUUUUGCCUUGCGAGCUGAUGGAAGCUCCCGAGUGUGAUGAAUUCAGAUUUGUUCCAAAUCAACUUCAGCUGUUUAUGUCGGCAAUGCACGAUAUCAGGUGUAGGAUGUGAGAGACGCACAACUUAGCAUUUGAGUGAAGGUAGAGCUGUAUAUCAUCGGCAUAUGAACGCACGCCGAUAUGAUGAUGGGCGAUGACGACGCCGGUGUGGAGGAGGAACAGCACCGGACCAAGUGGCACACGACAAUUCACCGGUGACAUUUCUGACUGGCUACCACCAAAGCUGACUGUAUCCAACCUGUAAUGAAGGAUGCAAUCCAUAAGAGUACAGUACCAUAAAUGCCAUAAGUGCUCUGAAGGUGAUCGACUAAGAUGCUAUGAUCAACCGUAUCAAACAGCAGACGGGUCCAGUAGGCAGAGCAGCGUAACUUGUGGGCAUGCAAACCACUGUGGUAUGUGUUCCUUCAGCAGAGGAGGAACAGCAAAACUACAGAAACUCUCCUGAAGCUCCCCUUGUGGCUAUCAGACAUCGACAUUGGCAUUUAGCUUCUUAACAUAUUGUAAUGCGAGCGUAAACGGGCUCGCUGGAUGUGACGUAACAGGUGGGAGGAGUUAGGGUCACGUGGGGAGAGAGAGCUUUUAAGGACAGGAACCGGAAGGGCUCCAGGAGAGAGAGUAGAGAGAGGAGGAGGCCACGCGGGGCAGGAGAAGUAAAGUGGCGCGAUCGCCACAGGUCGGGGACUCGGCACCAUCGGCCAUCGGUGUCCGGGCACAGAGGCGACAGAGAGCCAGCAGUGGGGCUGCAGAUCGGGCAGCAGUGAGGCUGCGUAACGGGCAGCAGUGGGGCUGCAUGGUGGGGCAGCAACGGGGCUGCAGGAGCUCGGCAGCAGUGGGCUGCCGAGCGGGAGACGGAGGAGACACUGAGCGAGACGCCGUGCGGUCAAGUUGUACGAACCAAAUAAAGGACAACGGAGACAGACCCAGUGCAAGAGUCCUUUAUUACAAUAUUGCCAUAUGCAGGAAUACAAAAACAAACACCUUCAAUCGUGCCGUUCGUUGUUGGGCACUGGUUGCUUGACAUGUUGGGCCUCAACUGGGCAACAUCUCAAAACGUUCUUCCCGGUGUGCUGUACUAGUAACACAUUUACAUGUUUUGUUUACGUGACAAACCUUACUAAUUGGCUGUGUCGGGUGGUGGCAGGUUUAAUGACAUUUAUGUUGAUGCGAUCUAACCCAAAAAACCUGUAUCAUCGAUAUUGGUCGCGAAAGCCUACUUGUUAUAAACUGUUCCUUCCCAUCCCAUUUUUUAUGUAAGAGUAGAUUUGUUGUGUGGCAACUUGCAUAUAAUUGCAGUCAAACUGUUGCUUGUUCCAUAAACACAUCUAUUGUACUGGUCAUGAUGUUAUAUGUUUAAGUUUAUAUUGCAUAAAUGUUUAUGGUGUAUGCAUUGAUCAUUGUUAAUUUAUUGCGAAUAAUGUUUCAUAGUUGUCUUUUAACGUUCAAUAUAAAUAUCAGAUUCAUGGCAUUAGAUAUGUUGAUGGUUUACAUGCCUCCUCUGUUUUGUUACUCAGGUCUCUGAUGAAAAAGAGACUUUUGGUCUCAAACAGGAUCUCAAUUGAUUUUAA